AUGUCCGCACCUGUCGACAGUGUCACCGCCCAGAUGGCCACCACCUCCCUCAACGACAACAACGCUCCCACCGCCACGGAGAGCACUGGCGCUCAACAGCCCACCGCAGCCGAGGACGAGGCUGUGCGUGCGAGUGCCGCUGAGGGCAGGCGACUUUACAUUGGAAACCUCGCGUACGCGACCACCGAGGGGGAGUUGAAGGAAUUCUUCAAGGACUACCUGGUCGAGUCCACGACCAUCCCCACCAACCCACGCACCUCGCGCCCCGUCGGCUACGCCUUCGUUGCCCUCUCGACCCCGUCCGAGGCUGAGCGUGCCAUCGCCGAGCUCAACGGCAAGGCCAUCCUGGACCGCAAGGUCUCCAUCCAGCUCGCCCGCACUCCCGAGGCCCACGCUGAGGGCGCCGGCAGCGGAGCCGAGGGCAACACUGGCGAGGCCCGCCGCCGUACUUCCACCCGUGGACGCGGUCGCGGUCGUGGCCGUGGCGGCCGUGCUGGACGCGGCGGACGCGCUGCCGAUGCUGAAGGCGCCGAGCAGGUCGAGCUCUCCAACGAGGCUCCUGCCGACUCCACCCCUACAAAUGUACCCGGCCAAGUUGCUCCCCUAACCGAAACUACGAACGAAGCGCUUACCGCAAAGAAGGGCGCCGACAAGUCUGCUCCCCAGGGGCCCCGUGAACGCAAGCAGCGCGGUCCUCCCGAGGACGGUGUUCCCUCCAAGACAAAGGUCAUGGUUGCGAACCUGCCGUACGACCUGAAGGAGGACAGGCUUCUUGAGAUCUUCAAGGACUACUCCCCCACCCAGGCCAAGAUCGCCCUCCGCCCCAUCCCCCGCUUCAUGGUCAAGAAGCUCCAGGCCCGCGGUGAGCCCCGCAAGGGCCGUGGUUUCGGUUUCGUUACCCUCGGCUCUGAGGAGCUCCAGCAAAAGGCUUGCUCCGAGAUGAACGGCAAGGAAAUCGAGGGUCGUGAGAUCGCAGUUAAGGUCGCGAUCGACUCCCCCGGUAAGGAGGACGACGCUCCCGACGCGGCCGCCGAUGGCGAGGCUCCCCUCACCGAGACCGCGGCCGCCAACGAGACCGACAAGGUCGUUGAGAACCCUCCCGCCACCUCUACCCCCGCUGCCACCUCUACUCCCGCCGCCUAG